GAGAUCAUACCAUAAGAUUUUAAUUUAAAAUUCAAAGUGAAAUCGAAUACGGAUGAGAGACGCAAUCUCCAGUGUUAGCUGGACAAACAAGACGACACCGCAAUAAUCAAAAUGCGUUAAGCAAGUACGCACAUAUGUACAUACCCGAAUCUUUAAUCUCGAAGCUCAUAAAUGGAUCUUAUGCGCCCAGCUGGCAAGUCAGUUGUUAUUCAGCUGGCGAACCGGUUGAAAUUCGUGCUCCGUCCCCUAACCACAAUGGCCACGUACGAACAGGUUAAGGAUGUGCCCAACCAUCCGGAUGUGUAUCUUAUCGACGUUCGGCGGAAGGAAGAGCUCCAGCAGACGGGCUUUAUUCCAGCCAGCAUUAAUAUACCCUUGGAUGAACUGGACAAGGCUCUAAAUCUGGAUGGAUCUGCUUUCAAGAACAUAUACGGAAGAUCGAAGCCGGAGAAGGAGUCGCGAAUCAUAUUCACCUGCCGGUCGGGAAAUCGAGUCUUGGAAGCAGAGAAAAUUGCCAAAAGUCAGGGAUACAGCAAUGUUGUGAUCUACAAAGGCUCCUGGAAUGAAUGGGCUCAAAAGGAGGGACUUUGACGAUAAACGUCGCUAUAUUUCUGAAUAAAUGAAGAUUUUAAUAAUAAUAA